CUUGGUUGGUGUUUGCUUCCAUGGUGGCAACUCCAGCAUCAUUCAUUCUCUCUUUAAAACCCAACCCACAACCACAUCCACCUCUCCACACUCUCUCCCACCCCAACAGCUGAUACUCCCGAAAUCCUGUAUUCGAAUCCUCCUUUCUCACUAUUGCUUGUGUCAAAAGAGAAAAAAAAAACACACACACACACACACAAGCAGCAAUGCUUGACAUUUGGUCAUGGAUAUCCGACCUCCCCAACUCGGCCGAGUGGUCCGAGUCAGACUCACCACAUACUUUUGAACUCGCUAGCUCCGGAGCGAGUUACGACAGCAACCCAACUCGGUCGAUCCAACUCCGGGCCGAGCGCACUACAGGCUCCAACAUCGACACUCUAGUGACUUUCUCAGUAUGCUUGCACGGCUUCAACAACCAGUACCAUCCAAAAAAGACGAUCUGGGUUUCUGACACGUGUUCACUCUCCUCAGACAAACCCUACCUCCCCCUGUUGCUCCAGCUCCUCCGAGAAAUCAUAUCCCGCUCCCCCACCGCUCACGAUAGCACCUGCCCGCGCUCCCAGCUCCAGACUCUCAAACCCGACCCAUUUUCCUGGAUCAUGGACUCCCACUCCCCCGAGUCCUUCUCCACCUUCUUCGACCUCGUCUUCGUCACGCGCCUCUUCUGGCUCUGCGCGUGCGACUCGCCGACCGAAGUCGGCUCUCUGUACUUCAAAUCCUUGCUGGCUCCCAACCUCGAAGCCUUGCUGUGCAAGCAAGCGCCGGCUCUCCGGAAGUUUCUGAUCACCGUCGGCUUGGACGCAGAGCUCUGCUUCAUGCGCACCGUUGGGUACAUGUUAGCAAAGUGGUGCAUUUUAAGAGAGGUGGGUGUAGGCUUGCAGACGCUGACGUCAUCGCCGUCGCAGAACUUGGGGUUCUCUUACGCGACGGAAGCUUGCGGGUUUUGGGUGCUCAAGGCUUACGCGCCGGUGAUGGGGAUGAGAACCACACGCUCCGUCAACUUGAACCAGAAGAAUCAGUUUCCGGCUUUGGAAACUAGAGACUCGGUGCUAAAAUACGCCUUGGCGCACCAGCAGCUGGAGGCGGUUGUUCAGGUGGAAUAUUCGGUGGGGUUUUACGACGGGUUUAUUCAGGUGACUGCACGUGUCGACAACCUGCGCUUCCACGUGGUGAACCUCGGAUUCAACAAAAACGAUGACGUGGACUACGCGGAAGAGAAGUAUUUCCCGUCGAGAGUCCGGGUCUGGGUCGGGCCAGAAGUCGGGGCGAAUUACGUGAACGGGUUGAGUUUGGGCCGGUCCACUGAUAACGGAGAGAGAGAAGUCAAAACGCAGAGGAUUACGAAGGGCAGUUUCGCAAAAUCAAAGGUUCCGAAAGUGAAAAGCGCGGCUGGGGUGUCGACGAGGAUGAGGAAGAGGAACUGGAGGUGGGACCAGGACGCUGAGGGAAACGCGGCCGUAUUCGAUGCGGUGCUGUGCGACAACAUGACGGGUCAUGAGGUGGCCACGUGGAACCCGGCUAUUGGGGAGCAGAGCGACGGUUUGCGACAGCGAUACAGUGGAGCAAAUAGGCCGUUUACUAAAAAGGGGAGUUUGGUGUUGAGUGGGGAUGAGUAUGGGGAUGGGGUUGGGUGGAGAUUGAACAGAGAGAUGGAAGGGAGUGUGCUCAAGUGGAGAAUAGGAGGGAAAGUUUGGUUGAGCUAUUGGCCUAAUGAGGUGAACAGUUCAUAUUUUGAGACAAGGUGUGUGGAGUGGUGUGAUGAGGUUGAUUUGCCUUUGAUUAUUGGUAAAUUGAGUGUAUGAUCAAAGAUUAGGGUUAGAAUAAGUAGAUAUAACAUAUGAAGUUUUUAUGUUA